AUGGACUUUGACGCGACUUACACAUCGGAACCAGUGAGUAAGCGCAACUGGCUCGUCGUGACUGCCAUUACUUGCUUGGUAGCCGCCGAGUUUGUGCUAAGCAUAGUUUACUUCGCGAAAUCGUGGAGCGUCUCCAACUUCGACGCGAUCGACACAUUAGAGACGCUGUCGCGCUCGGUCAACGCUGUCGGUGCAGCGGGUGACAUCGGCAUCUCUGGGAUCAUAAUGGUUCAGCUACAUCGAUAUAAGACGGGUCUCAAACGAUCUACUAUCGUUCUCAAUCGACUUAUCCUCUAUUCUAUGACUACCGGUCUAAUAACCAGUAUCUGCGCUAUAGCGUCACUAAUCUCGAUUAGCGCAUGGCCCAGGACACUCAUCUUCGUCGCAUUCUACACGAUCCUUGGACGAGUCUACAAUACCUCAGCACUCGCGACGCUGAACGCGCGGGAGAAGUUCAGAGAGAAGUUGGCUAUGCCGAGCCCGACCACUUUCCCGCAAUCCAUUGUCUUCGCACUAGGUGUCUCAGCUGCAAAUCAUCGAGAUCCAGACGAGUCACGUUCGUAUGAGAACAGUAAUCACACAUCCGGAUCCCAUGCAGGUGCAUUAUCGGGCCAGGAAUUGUAG